CCAUGCCUCCAUCCUUGCGUGUAUAAAUUCCCCACUCCCUUUCAAACACCCGCUGAAACAUCAUCAACUCCCUUUCAAACACCUGAAACAUUUAUCUGUAGACUUUCUGAUAAACUUGUGAACCAUUUUCUUUCCUAUUUCUUAUUUUUUUUGAUAUCACAAGUUAUGUCUUUCGUACCCACAACCAAACAAUCUACCACAGACUUUUAUUCUCAAAUUUCAUGGAGAGAUUUCUCUCCUGUAUUUGAUCAAAACCAUCUUCCAAUUUGUUGGGCUGUGGUGGCUGCUGAUACCGUUGUAGGGCUGGCUAAUGCCCAGGGAUUAAGCGUUGAAGACCAUCCGAAUGUCCCUCCUCUGUCAGUCCAACAAAUAUUGGAUAACAUGCCAUUUUAUAAUGCUAACUAUCUUCGGCAUAGAAGAGAGGAAGCCGGAUAUCUCGGUCACGUGCCCGGUGCGUAUGCAUACAUCAAAGAUUUUGGUUUGCAUACCGCUACGGCAUAUCCUUACCAACGCAUGACCGGGUAUCAAGCAACAGCUGAGGGCCAUACCCAUAUGCUUACUAAUGGGUUUCGAAACAAAUACGCAGCUCGUGCGUUGGAGAGAGUUUCCAUUGAGUCGUUUUCAAGCUAUGCUGCCAAUGAUUACGAAACAAAUGUUUUCGUGGGUUCGGUAGUAAAACAACUGAAGAAGCAACCACUAGGCGCUGGAAUCUAUGUAUCCUCCCAUUUUGAUAGAUUCAAAGGAAAUGGCAUUUUUGAAGAUAUAGCUGAUGUACCUGAUACAUCAAAAUAUGGUCAUGCUGUUGUGCUCACCGGAUUUGGCCAUGAAAGCGGAGGGCGGGAAAGAAUGUUUUGGGAAAUUAAAAAUUCGUACGGACUCGAGUUUGGUGAUGGUGGAUAUGCGAAAAUACCCGUAGAGGCUAUCAAAUAUGUUUGGCACCCUAAUGAAGCAAAUAUAAAGAAGAAAUAGUUGGCUGCAUUGGCAUUGUCUGGUUUGUUGUUCAUGUCCGAGUUCAGUGGCUGAUUCAAGAUUGCAGAUUGGAUUCCGAUGGAUGGUGUCAGGUGGGAGAUUGUUUGGGUUUUUGGGCUGGUUGUUGGUAUAAGGCAAGGCUUAUGUGUGUUGGAUUUAUUAUUAUUAAUCUAAACUGUGUUAGAUAAAGUGUUAUUUAUUUAUUUAGUUUGAAUCUGUAUUGACACCAGUGCAUGACUGAGUCACGUAGGUGAGGAGAGUUUUUAGGAAGUUGUAGUGAAAUAAGUGUAGUGUUUGCAGUAGUGUAGGAAGCAGUUGUUUAGUUCCUAGUUUUCUGGCACCACUUUAGGUGGGUAAUUUCCUUAUCUUUGCAUGUAAUCGUUAGUGAGAAGUUAUGAGAAAUCAUACAGAAGCAUAUGUGCUGUGUUUGCUGGUUGGUUCGAGAAGGUGCAAUGUCUGUGAUAGAUUUGCAGAGGUGGUAGUUGGGGGUUUGGAAGUGUGGCUUACUCAUGUUUUAUUCUACCUGCAUUGUUGUUUCGACUGGGUUUGGUGGAAGGAGGUUUCUCUUUCCUGGUGCGAGAUGGAGUUGGUUUGUCACUGUUUCAAAGAGGGUUGGUCCAGGACCUAGCAGCAGCGAUUUCCUGGGUUUGUCAUGACGUUUUUUUGUUUAGUUGUGUUGAGUUGUUGGGUUGGAUUUUCCUAGUGUUUUCUUGUUGUUCUUUGUUGAACUCUAAAUUGUUAAUUUAUAUAUUGUUUUAUGAUUUCCAUGUUA